AUGAGUCUACUACCUGAUGUGCUACCUUUAGAAGUUAUAGAUAAGACAAUAAACCAACCAGUAUGGAUUAUAUUACAAUCCCAAAGAGAAUUUACUGGUACCCUAAUUGGAUUUGAUGAUUUCGUUAAUGUUAUCAUUGAAGAUGCUGUGGAAUGGGUUUUGAAUGAAGAAGGUGAAGAUGAAAUGAUAAUGACGCAUCAUGGUAGAAUGCUUUUAAGUGGGAAUACUAUCGCUAUGUUAGUACCAGGUGGGAAGAAAAAUGCUUAA